AUGUCUGAGAUAUAUAUUUUCGCCGUCACCUGGAGAUGUCUUUUUGCAACUUGCACCAAAAACAAAAUUGCUCGUCGACCGUAUAGUGUUGUGUUGCGAUUUCUGCAGCUUGCCAUGCCUGUAUCAGCUCUCCCACCCGACUUUGAAUGGGGCUUUGCUACGGCAGCCUACCAGAUCGAAGGUGCAGUAAACGAGGGCGGCCGCGGAAAAUGUAUUUGGGAUACAUUUUGCCAUCUUGAGCCCUCGCGCACCAAAAAUGCCAAUGGCGACGUUGCUUGCGAUCACUAUCACAAGUUCGAAGAGGACUUUGAUCUGUUGACCAAGUACGGAGCCGGCGCUUAUCGUUUUUCCAUCGCCUGGUCACGGAUCAUCCCGCUUGGUGGCAGAAAUGACCCUGUCAAUGAAGAAGGAAUCGACUUUUACAAUCAACUCAUUGAUUCGCUUCUGCGCCGCGGCAUUAAACCUUGGGUCACUCUGUAUCAUUGGGAUCUGCCUCAAGCACUACAUGACCGCUACGGCGGCUGGCUAAAUGUGGACGAGGUCCAAAAAGACUUUGAGAGAUAUGCCCGGGUGUGCUAUGAGCGUUUUGGCGACCGGGUCAAAAGCUGGAUCACCUUAAAUGAGCCAUGGAUUCAAGCCGUAUAUGGCUACGCAACUGGAGGCAAUGCUCCGGGAAGAAGUAGCACAAACCCUCAAUGUACUGACGGGGACACUUCAAGAGAGCCGUGGAUUGUGGGCAAGGCGCUGAUUAUGAGCCACGCUCGUGCGGUUAUUGCCUAUAACCAGGAUUUUCGCAAACAGCAGAAAGGAGCUAUCGGGAUCUCGUUGAAUGGUGACUAUUAUGAGCCAUGGGAUGCAACGAGUGAACAGGACGCAGAAGCAGCUGAGCGCCGCAUGGAAUUCCACAUUGGGUGGUUUGCCAACCCCAUUUUUCUGGCAAAAGACUACCCUGAUUCUAUGCGCGAGCAGUUGGGAAGUCGCUUACCUACAUUCUCUGAGGAGGAUUUUGCGGCUCUUGCAGCUGCUGAAACCGACUUUUACGGAAUGAAUUACUACACGUCGCAAUACGCAAAGCACAAGGCAGGAGUUGCGCCGGAUACUGAUGUCGUGGGGAAUGUGGAGGAACUCCAGAGCAACAAAAAGGGCCAAUCGGUAGGCGCAGAGAGUGGCGUGCACUGGCUGAGAUCAUGCCCUGAAAUGUUUCGCAAGCAUCUCACCAGAGUACAUAGCCUGUACAAGAAGCCCAUCUACAUCACAGAAAAUGGAUGCCCUUGUCCAGGGGAAGACAAGAUGACAAAGAGCGAGUCUGUCGAUGAUCCGUUUCGACUUCAGUACUUCAAAGACCAUCUGGAUGCGAUUGGUAAAUCGAGACAGGACGGAGCGAUCAUCAGCGGCUACUUUGCUUGGUCCCUGAUGGACAACUUGGAAUGGUCAGAUGGCUUUGGCCCUAGAUUUGGCGUCACAUACACAGACUAUGACACGCUGGAGCGGACGCCGAAGAAAUCAGCGUUGCUUCUCCAGGAACUAAUUGCGGAAAGAAAGCAGCCUAUCAGUUGCUCAUAA